AUGGCAUUUUCAACCCCGGAAGGCGGAUCGAUUAGUACAUUGAUCAAUCCAACCCAAGGCGAUGAACAAUUCAGUGUGGGUGAAGUAGUUAUUCAAGAGCAAGAGGGGUCGAAGGUCGACGAAAUUACCGACGUCGUUGUGACUAGAAAGGAUGAGUUGGACUCGGGACACGAGUUGCCAGAUCAUAGUGGGGUUGGUGAAGAGAAAAUUCCAGUCAUAGGAAUGAGUUUUGGUUCGUUGCUUCUCGCACAGAAAUUUUAUGCAAACUAUGCAAAGAAAGUUUUGCUCGUUACUAAAAUCAGGAACACGAAUUUCAACAAAACGCGAAAGAAAUCAAAGAUACUGGUUAAUCAAUCUAUUUAUUACACGCGAGAAGGUUAUCGAGAGUGUAGGGUGAACGCAGCAACUCGAGCAAACAGAAUUAUAGCCAUGAGAUGCAGAGCAACGAUGUAUGUUAUGCUGGACAAGGAGAAGGAAAGUUGGGUUGUGUCUAGAUUAGAAUUGAGGCAUUCUCAUUCCUAUUCAGCUAAGAAAGUUGUCCACUAUCAUGAGUACCGCGAGUUGACCAUGCAUGCUAAGUGCGUCAUUACGGAUAACGUUGAGGUUGGAAUAAGACCCAACAAGAUGUAUCUAGCACUGGUAAACAAGGUUGGUGGGUUCUCAAACCUGGGUUUUUCAGAAAAGGAUGUCAGAAAUUACAUCACAAGCAAUCUCCGAUGCUCCGAUGACAAUGAGGACUUCCAGGGGAUGAUGAAUUAUUUUGUCCGAAUGAAGGAAAUCAAUCCCAACUUCUUUUAUGCCAUAGAUGUUGACAAUGCUAAUAAAUUUAGGAGCGCACUAUGGGUAGAUGCAAGGUGCAGGACUUCGUAUGAAUAUUACGGAGAUGUGGUGUCGUUCGACACCACUUACAGAAGAAACAUGUCUGUAUACUUAUUGUUAUCGUAUACUUAUGGUCUGUCAUUUGCAUUCUUUGUCGGUGUAAACCACCAUGGGAAAUCUACUUUUUUUGGCUGUGCUUUACUUGGGAGCGAGGAGAUCCCUAGUUUUGAGUGGGUAUUCACGCAGUGA